ACACCAUACAGCAGCAGCACAUACCUGCUUCUGACACCUCUGUGAUCACCUGUAAGCUCCCAGACCUGACAUCAUGGUGCAUUUUACUGCUGAGGAGAAGGCUGCCAUCACUAACGCGUGGGGCAAAGUGAAUGUGGAAGAAGCUGGAGGCGAGGCUCUUGGCAGGCUCUUGGUUGUCUAUCCCUGGACCCAGAGGUUUUUUGACAACUUUGGCAACCUGUCCUCUUCCUCUGCCAUAAUGGGCAAUCCCAAAGUCAAGGCCCAUGGCAAGAAGGUGCUGACCUCUUUUGGAGAUGCUGUUAAGAACAUGGACAACCUCAAGGCUGCCUUUGCUAAGCUGAGUGAGCUGCACUGUGACAAGCUGCAUGUGGAUCCUGAGAACUUCAGGCUCCUGGGCAAUGUGCUGGUGAUUAUCCUGGCUUCUCAUUUUGGCAAGGAAUUCACCCCUGAUGUGCAGGCUGCUUGGCAGAAGCUGGUGUCUGGUGUCGCCAAUGCUCUGGCCCACAAGUACCACUGAAUCCUCUUUCCACCUCAUCAGUGCCCCUUCGUGUCCCCAGUGCCUUCCUUCUGCACAAGGGGACUGGGAUGUGGCCUUGAGAGCACAGCUUCUGUGUAAUAAAGUGCAUUCCAUUCAGUAAUCAGAAAUUAA